AUGCAUAAUUCGAAGUUAAAUUCGUCAAUAUUUCACUUCAUUAUACUCACCUUCGUUUUUGUCAAACCUGGUCAGGGUAGAGCCAACUUGUGUAAAGCUCUAACAAUUCGAGGAAAAUCGCAAAUAAUUUGUCAAGCCAUUUGUGACGAGAAUUGCGUGGAUGGCAUUUGUGACUAUGUGCCAAAGCGUUGUAUUUGCAAUAAAGGUUACCAUCCGGAGCAAAACAAAUGUCAGCCGGAUUGUGCAGCAGGUUGUCCGUCAAAUGCCACCUGCAUCUCGGGCAGCAACAAUUGUUACUGCAACAAAGGCUACGAAACAAACGACUUAGGCCAAUGCUCGCCUCACUGUGAGGAGGAUUGCGACGAAAGAAGCUAUUGCGCUGCACCCAACGCAUGCCACUGCAAAAUGGGCUACGAACAGACCAACGAUGGUUGUCAGCCAAUUUGCGCCGAAGGAUGUGCGGAGCACGCGCACUGUGCCACGCCCAAUACGUGCACCUGUGACGCUGGCUAUCAACCGAUGGCCGAUGCCAGCGACAAAUGUCAACCCAUCUGCGAUGUUACACGCUGCGGCGGCAAUGCCACUUGUCUGCGACCGGGCAUAUGUGAAUGUGCUGCGGGUUACGCACGCCGCAAUGACAGCAUUGAUUGCCUACCCCACUGUCUGGAUGGUUGUGGACCAAAUAGUGCCUGUAUAGCGCCAGACCAUUGUGAAUGCGUAGAAGGUUAUUUGCGUAUCGGUGACGCUUGCCGCCCGAAGUGCACAAACGCAUGUGGCAUCAACGCACACUGCGCUCUACCCGAAGUAUGCCAGUGCAGAGCAGGUUUCGAGAACAAAGCGAUCGUCGGCUUUGAGCAGAGCUGUCAGCCAAUUUGCUCCGUGGCUUGUCCGCUUCAUGCAUACUGCGCGUCACCAAAUCAUUGCCGCUGUAUCGCCGGCUAUACGCUCGUCGGCACGAACUGCGUGCCAUACUGCAAGGAUGGGUGUGGCAAGCACAGCAGUUGCAUAAUGCCCGACACCUGUAAUUGUAAUAUCGGCUAUUUGGAUCAGGAUGGCGAAUGCGUGAACGCGGCGCAAUUGCAAAAAUGUUUGAAGGAAAUGAAAAUGCUGCUAUUUAGCGUGCACGUUUCUUGCGAUACGAGUUCCUUUGUUAUAUAUUUGAUAUAUGGAGCGCUGAUUGGGCUACUACUGGCAUGCACACUAAUCACCUACAAGGGAGUCCAGCUUUUGAGGCAUAAAAGCACAAAGCGAUCCGGGAAUCACACACAACCGCCAACGAAUUACAUAAUCACUUAUCAGCCACAUAGUGGUGAAAGCGGGCAGGCAGUGACGAAUGACGAGUGCGACAUGGCUAGCGCAAGCUACAGUCAACCGCCCGCCUACAAUGCGCUUACGAUGAAAUGUUGA